UGAACAUAGCGAGAGCAGCAGAUGCGGCGACAACUCAACCCCCAACCACGUUCCAGCCGUUCAACGCCACCGCCGCUACAAUUACCAGUGAGCAGGACCACACCGAAGGAGGUCCUCGCGCUGGAGAGCAAAUAUUACAACAAGAGGAACAUCAGCCCCAACAGGACACCGCGUCUUUUGGUAGCCUCUCCCCGGUGCACCAGAAUGAGGAGAGCACCCACUACUUGCAGGAGGGGAACAGCGCGCAGGAGUUUCUGAUUACCCCACGCGGGGUGGCACCAGCAGGCGGGGCACAGCAGCAAACUAGUGGUGGUUAUCUCGGAAGACCGCCGGUGGCGCCCACCAGUGGAGCAGGUCUGAAUCCAGCAAUGAAUCAGGCGAUGAUUGUACAGCCGGAAACGCCGCCGGGUGAAGUAGAUGCGGGGGUGGAAGACGAAACCGAAGCGCAGGAGGACAAUGUCGCGGUACUAGAGAUCGGUCAACCAUCAACGCAACAGGGUGCUGUGCCUACUGUCGUGGCCAACAUCUCUGGCGGCCUUGUAGUUGCAACACCACCCGCGCGCCCAGGCACGAUCCAGUUCGGUGUAGCUUCCGAUCCAGCAACGAAAAAGCGACGCGUACUCGGUAGCAGCAAGGCCGUCGUGCUCGAUAUUGUCGUUGAUGACAGCACGACUAAGCCUUUCGCAGAAAUAGAUGCAAAAGCACCGACAACAUCAGCAGGAAAAGUGCAGCUCCAGCAGCACACCGAGGACUUUACCUCGACUUCCGCCGACGAGCAGUCGCAUAGAGAUCCUGGCCCUGCAGGCUCGUCUUCUUCGCCGGAGGAGGUACAGUUGCUCGUCACAACAAAGAACAAAAAGCAAGAUGAUGGUGAGGCAGCACCAACAGCUCCGAAGACCCCCACGGGCGAAAGAACUACAGAAGAAAACAACAAGAAGUCCAAGUCCAUUUCUCCGCUGCAGCGCAUCCCGGCCAACACGUCCUCCCCCUCCCACACGACUCGGGGGUUAGCGAAAACUAUCAACGGAC